GGCGUGGCGGGCUGAGUCGGUGUGGCGGGAGGGCGGGACGGGCAGGCACGGGGUUGGGGCCGUGCUCAUGCCCAUGGCGGAGGAGGCUCGGGCCGCAGUGGCUAAUGGGGGUCCCGCUCCGGCGGCGGCGGGCGGAAAGUACAGAUAAAAAUGGGAAAAAGGCGUCUUUUCAGACUGACAGUGCUGCCUAAUGCCACAACAGCCACGCAGAUGGAAGCAUUUCUAUGGGUGAAGGACUGAAUGAAGUAAGUAGUGGUUGCCGUGUGAAGGCAGCAGGGAAAAGAGGAAUUGCUAAGUAAUUGGAAGAAAUAACAAGCUUUCACAAAAUGAGGCUGCAAAUCAAUGGAUGGACGCCAGCACUGGGAUGUCAAGGAUUAAAGGUUCUCAAGCAUUUCUGUAGUGUGGACCGCAUCUUAAUGCAAGGAGGAGUCUUUCAAACCUCGUGUACAGAAAGCCAGUUCCUCCAGUCCUUUGGUGUUGGCAGUAAAAUACAAUCAGCAGCGUAGCUAAGGCUUGGUGUUAUCCUCUUUGGUGUGCGCACAGGCAAUUUACUUCCCCUUCACUUGCCCAUCAAAAAUAUGCAGUUUCCUGCAUACUACAGGUAAAUUUUAACAAAGGCAAAAGGGCCUCCAGUGUUUGGAAAGAGUUUGAAGAACUAUUACCUGAAUGUUUCUGAGCGUUGUUUUGCUUCUAGCUGCUCAGCAUGUCUUGGCUGCUUCAGAUCUGCACACUCUGAACAUGAGCAGCAAUUCCUCCCUCAGCAAUGGGAAGGGCCUGAGGAACCUGACCACAGAGGAAGAUGGGGCAGUCAGAGUCACUGAGUCCAUUGCUAUAAUUGUCAUUGCCAUAUUCAUCUGUUUGGGCAACCUGGUGAUUGUUGUCACUCUGUAUCGCAAGUCGUACCUUCUCACCUUGAGCAACAAGUUUGUGUUCAGCCUGACCCUCUCCAACUUUCUACUCUCCGUGCUGGUGCUGCCUUUUGUUGUGACCAGCUCCAUCAGGCGAGAAUGGAUCUUUGGGGUUGUUUGGUGCAAUUUCUCAGCCCUGCUCUACAUGCUGAUCAGCUCAGCCAGCAUGCUCACUCUGGGACUCAUAGCUAUAGACCGGUACUACGCUGUGCUGUACCCGAUGGUUUAUCCGAUGAAGAUAACGGGCAACAGAGCAGUGGUAGCUCUUGUGUAUGUGUGGCUGCAUUCCCUUAUUGGCUGCCUCCCUCCCCUUUUUGGCUGGUCCUCCUUGGAGUUUGACCAAUUCAAGUGGAUGUGUGUGGCAGCCUGGCACAAGGAGGCUGCCUACACGGCCUUUUGGCAGAUCUGGUGCGCACUGCUGCCCUUCGUGGUCAUGAUGAUCUGCUAUGGAGUUAUAUUCCGUGUGGCAAGGAUUAAGGCCCGCAAAAUUCACUGUGGGAGUGUUGUCAUUGUGGAGGAGGACUCUCAGAGGAAUGGGAGGAAGAACUCCAGCACCUCCACAUCCUCCUCUGGCAGCCGAAGGAAUGCUUUCCAAGGGGUUGUUUACUCAGCCAACCAGUGCAAAGCUUUCAUAACCAUCUUGGUUGUCAUUGGGGCUUUUGUCAUUACGUGGGGACCUUACAUGGUAGUAAUAACAUCAGAGGCACUUUGGGGUAAAAACAGUAUCUCCCCUGCUUUGGAGACAUUGGCUACAUGGCUGUCCUUUUCCAGUGCCAUUUGCCAUCCACUAAUUUAUGGGCUGUGGAACAAAACAGUGCGCAAGGAGCUCCUGGGAAUGUGCUUUGGGGAUCGGUAUUACCGCAAGUCCUUUGUUCAGCGGCAUAGGACAUCGAGGCUCUUUAGCAUUUCCAACAGGAUCACAGAUUUGGGACUGUCUCCUCACCUUACUGCCGUCAUGGCUGGUGGGAGGCCACUGGGAAACAGCAGCAGCACAGAAGACACAGGUUUCAGCUGCUCACAGGAUUCAGGAACAGAUACAAUGCUUCUUGAAGAUUAUAGCUCAGAUGGCCCUCAUGCCGCACACUGCAUCUGUCCCCCUCGAAGGAGGAGUUCAGUGACAUUUGAAGAUGAAGUGGAACAAAUUAAAAGUGAGUGUAGGGAGGCUGCAAAGAAUUCUGUUCUUCAUGUAAAAGCUGAAGUCCAUAAAUCUCUGGACAGUUAUGCAGCCAGUCUGGCCCGAGCAAUAGAAGCUGAUGUGAAACUCAGCCUGUUUGGGGAAGAUGCUUUACCAGGAGCCCUGUUCGCCUCGUGGACUCUGGCAGGAAGCAGUGGGAACACCCGGCGUGGUGCCAGGCCCCAUGGCAGCCAAAGACUGAAGUUGCAGAGCAUUGAUGAAGGGAACAUUUGACACGAGCGCUGGAGUGGGAAAAUAGAAUGAAACCACUAAGCAGGGCCUACUGCAGCCUGUAGUGUUUCACCAGAACCAGGACACCUUGUUGGGAUGUUUCCAGUGUUUUUUCACAUGGAAACGGCUGGGUUCUGGUACUUGCAUUAGCAUUUUAUAGCACUGUUUGUUUACUGGUUGGGGUGCUACUGAAUCUUCUGCACAUCAUUAUCACACAGCACAUAGGAAAGCAGGGCUUGGUUUCAUUGACCAUAUCAUUAGUCAGUUGAAUCUUGGGUCCAUUGGCCAAAGCUGAUACAGGAACAAAACAGAAGUAAAUGGACUUAAGGACCAAGGGUUUGCAUUUGUUUACUCUGUGUCUGCGUCUACCUUUCCCCAGAAGUGCUUUGUAUGAGGUUUUGCUGCAAAUUGUUUGGAAAUCAUGAUCGGGAUGUCUCCAUCUGGGUAAAAAUUUGGUGUACACUCAUUGAGUUUUGUCUUUGUAUGACUUACUCAGAGGCACAGAAGUGAAGUGUUGUGAGGCAGCCUCGGUCCGGUACUGUAUUUAGACAUCCUAUUUGUCUUUGUUUUUGACUCAGAGAUGUAUUUCAGCACAAGCUUAUAUCCAUCUCUGGACAAAGCAACUUGACUUUUUGAACUAGCCUGAAUCCCAUUGCAUUCUUAUGUAAAAUAUAACUGCAUGCUUAAAAUUCAGUACAUGGUUUGCUGGUUUAAGAACAGGCUGUUAGAGCAAGAACGCUUAAUCUCCAGAAAGAUGGCUCUUAGCAUAAUGCAGGAAUAAAUAAAUUAAUAAUAGGGAGGUUCUAACUCCUGAAAUUUGUACUUCUAAUGUGUUAGAGAGAUUGCACCUGUGGGCACUCAUUAGGAAAAAAAGAAUCAAAAAUCCCAAUGUUUGCCGGGAAACGCUCUGCAGCAAGGUCAUUAUUGCUGUCCUUACCGUUACCAUUCUAAUCACAGUCCCUUGUAGUAUUCAACACUCCUUAAGCUGUGCGCUUGCCUGGAAGUUUUUUUUUUGUGCAUCCCUUUUAUUCCAUACUCCUGCUUGAAAUAAGUUGAGCAGAGCCGUUGCUGAAUGUCAGAAUGGCACACACGAGUAUGAAUGCAGUGUGGAGGAGUAAGUGCUGGCCCAAAACACUGUGUUUAGGAGAAAAAAAUCCAAGGCAUGCGUGGAAGCACAAAAUAGAUAGUAUUGUGUAAAAAGCACAUUUUUCACACAGGUACUGAGACAAAUGCAGCCUUCAAGCAGGUCAGGGGCUUGCAAGAGUUUACACCAUGGCUGAAUUCGGCUGCCUGUGUUAAUGUCACUAAUCUGUUAUUUAGUGUAAAUGUUGUUCGUAUUUUUGUACACACAUUAUAACCCUUCCAUAACUCUGUUAUUACCAGACUCGUUCUCUCAGUUGAGUUGUCAUUAACAAAAGCAGAAAUUGAGAAAUGCACACGUUUUGUAAAACUGUAUUUCCCAUCUUAAAUACAGAAGAGAAAAAAACCCAAUUUAUUUCCA